GCAGUGACCGUUUGGUUGCUGCCUGGAGGAUACAACAUCGUCAUGUGCUGUAAUUGCUCUCGAAGGGCAAAAUUUAUCUGGGCCUGGACAUGUUCGAUUGUGAUAAGUGUUAUGGCCAUUGCCCUGGGCCUGAUCUGGCUCCUGGUGGUGCGCAAAGAGAUCGAGAAAGAAUUCGUAUUGCAGCCGGGAACGAAAGUGUACGACAGUUGGCUAGCCCCUCCAAUCGACAUGUACCUGGAGUUGUACGCCUGGAAUUGGACGAAUGCCGAAGACUACCAAAGUGAAGGCUACAAACCGGAACUGGUCGAGCUGGGACCAUACACGUUCCUGGAGAAACACGAGCGGGUUAACCUGCAGUGGAACGACGACUCAACCGUGUCGUUCCAGCAGAAGCGUACCUGGCAUUUCGUACCGGAAUUGUCGAAAGGAGACUUCGAAAACGAUAAAGUUGUAACGAUCAAUCCAAUCGUGCUGACAAUCGGUUACAGUUUGAUUGCCGCCCAGAAGGAAGAACUGUUAGAAUUCAUGAAUGGAUUGAUAAAUUUCAACCCGGACAAAAUUAGUUCACCAUUUUACAACGUCCCCGUGAAAGAUAUUCUCUUCGAUGGAUAUGAGGAUGCUUUCCUAACUGCUUUGUUAGAGCUGGUUGAAAUCGUACCCGGUUUAGAGAACGAAAUAGAAAUACCUCCGUUUGAUAAGUUUGGGUGGUUCUAUGGACGAAAUGGCAGCGAAACGUACGACGGAAAUUUUACCAUUGGCACCGGACUAGACAGCCUAGCUAAUUUGGGAAUUAUGCGGCUAUGGAACGGAGAAAAUCGCACCGACUAUUUCAGGGACGAUUGUGGCCUAGUGAGGGGAACUACCGGAGAACUUUGGCCAGCGUUUCAGUAUCGUGACUGGGAAGCGUACGACGCUACCGUUUUCUCAACGGACAUUUGCAGCACAAUGAGCUUGAAGUAUGGUGGCAAGUAUAGUCUUCAUGGCGUUGAUGGUUAUCAGUGGAUAGGAAAUUAUGAAGCCUUCGAUAAUGGUCACAUAUAUGAAUCCUCAACAUGCCAGUGUACUGCUGCUGAAGAAGAAUGUCCUGUCCUCGCGCCAGGAGCAUUGGACGUGUCCCGCUGUAACAUGGGGGCACCCGCUACGGUAUCGUAUCCGCACUUUUACCUUGGCGAUGUAUCUUACCGCAAAGCUUUCAAUGGAAGCAUGAAACCAAACAAAGCAGAUCAUGAAUUUAUUCUGGCCUUAGAACCUCUUACGGGAAUACCCUUAACAGUAAAAGCUCAGUUGCAGGUCAACCUCAUGGUGAAGCAGUAUGGCUUUGAUUUGUUCAAGGAUAUUCCUGAAAUGAUGCUUCCCGUCAUAUGGUUCCGACAGAGGGCAGAGCUUUCAGAGGACAUGGCAAGCGAUCUCAAACUUUUAAUUAUAGUCUAUAACAACGGAGUAUACCUUGCGAUUGCAUUAGGAGUUCUUGGAUUUAUAGCUCUGGCAGUAACUACCUACUACACGUGUAAACUAAGAACAAUGCAGUCUGCGUAAAGGGUGUAGCUCUCAUCCCACUCUCAAGGAAAAGAAUUUAAAAAAAAUAAUCGGAAGACUUCGUUGAGUAACCAUCGAUUAAACUGGUCCCCCUAGUUGAUUCUUUUUAUUUAUAACUGUAAAAGAAUGAAACGAAUAGUCAAUUUUUUCGCUACAUGGUACAAAUAGGUACAGUAGAAAAGCUUACUACAAAGUAUUAAAUUUUACCUGAGAUGACAAAGCUUUUGGCAAUAUAAAAAAAAACUUCCGAAAAGUCUUUACCGGGAAAUAACCGGGAAAUGAAAAAGCAUACCGAGAAAAACGAGAAAUAACCGAGAAUCCAGAUCCCAAACCGUGAAAAAUAUAUGAGAAAGUCAGAAUUAAUUUUCUGAUUCCAAGAUCAGGACUUCAAACCAAAUUUCGGAGUUCAGAACUGUAAUUUAAUUUUCCGAGUCAGAAUUGAACAGAUUAAAAAAAAUUAAAAUAAGAUCACAAGU